UUUAAGUCUAAAAUUGAUAAGAAUUUGAAUAAGAUUUUAUUAAUCCUUAUUUACCGCAAAAACUCAUUUACCUGUUACACGAGAUAAAAUUAGCCAUACAAUCAGAAAUAAUCACCUUUUUUUUUAUUCCGGAACUUAUUGUCGAUCUUUCUUUACUUAUUCAUAAAUUUGCGCGUGACACCACAUAAAUAGUAUAAAUAUUAUAAAAUUUUCAUUCUUUAGCUUUUCGUUUAAUCAAAGCUAAAAUAAAAUACAUUUUAAAUGUCUUCAGAACAGCCUUUACACGUUGUAAUAAAAAUUCCAUAUAAAAGACCACCGGGUUUCGUCGAACCACCUUCUGUUGUUUGGACAGAGGAAAUGGAGCAAAAGUUAUGGGAGAUACUUACACAAAACAAACGGCAAAGCAUCGAUUGGUAUGCUGCUUCUCGACUUUUAAAUGUACCUGUACCUUAUCUCCUGCGUCAUGCUGCAUUUUUAUAUGAAACGCAAUUGCGUGGAGUUCAGAUGCAAUUACGGCGGGGAGAAACUUUAAGUGCUAGUACUAGUACCGGGACUAUUGGUAGUCGCAAUAGGGCAUCAAGUAGAGCAUCUUUAACAAAAGUUUCGAUUUUUGAUGGUGAUGGAGUGGUAACUGGUCAUCAAAGACCACCAUCUGCAACUUCAAAUGCAAGCAGAGAACAAUAUAUUACAUCUCGUGGUGGAUAUGCUGGUUCACAGGACAUGAUACGGACAGGGAGCAAUACUAGUUUAACAGAUGGCCGUAAACAAGCUAGUGGGUCAGAAUCAUCAUCUAUACAUGCGCCCAUUACGCAAUCGAUAAAUGAAGCAGGAUUGCAAGUUCAAGGAAAAAAUGUUUUUGCUCAAGGACAAGCUACACCAUCUUCUAAUAUAUCAGGACGUCAAAUGUCUCCUUCUUCAUCUGUUUCAACGAUUACAACUGAUCAAGUUACGAAACAAUCUACUCAUAUAACAUAUAAACCAAAUUAUUCAACAACUUUAUCUACGAUAGAAUCAUCAUCAACAAAUGAGUGUUUUGCCACACCUGCUGCAUCAGUGACUAUACCUCUUUCUCGAACUCUUUCAAAUCCAUUAUCUCUUGAAGCACGUGAUCUUUCUAGGAGCAUUCAGAAUAUGAAAAUUGAUGAUGAUGAUUCUGAUGAAGAUAAUGAUUCAAAAAAAAGUGAAGAUUCCUCGAAUGAAAGAUUAGAAAAAUUGGAGAAAUUGCAAAAGCAAGACAUUGCAGCUUUUUUACUACCAAAUUCAUCGAGUUCAGUAAUUCAAACUGAUGUUAUUGGUGCAAACGAAAAUAAUGAACCGAUAAGUUUUAAGGUUCCAACGAUUGAUUUGGCAGUAAAUUUACAACAACAGCCUGCAAAAGGAUUGAGGAUGAACAUACCAACAGCAGCUGCAGAUUCUCAACAAUCCCUUAGUGCAAAUGAUUCCUCAUCAUCUUUCAGUGAUAUAGAUUCAUUAACUCAUUCUGAAUUAGAAAAUGCUUAUUUAGAAGAAGCAUCAAAUUUUAACGGUUCUAAAACAUCCUUAUAUUCGGUUAGAAAAAGUACAUAUCCUUCAUAGUAAAUAAUUACAAUUAUAAACGUUCA